AUGAUGAUGAAGAAGUCGUCCCCGAAUCACCACCGCAAGAGCUCACGCGCAAAAAAAAACAAGGGGAAGGGAAAGAAGGUUGAACCCGAAACCGCGCCAAAACCGAGAGCAAAGGGGAGACCUUCGACGAAAGUAGAAGAGGAGGCGCUAGCAAUGGCGUUUGUUAAGGCCUCUACUUGCCCGAUAGUCGGAAACAACCAAUCGGGUAGUAGUUUUUGGAAGAAGACAACGGAUAGAUUUAACGUGAUUAUGGAGCAUGGUCCGGCUCGUGAUGUCGAAUCCGUCUCGGGCAAGUGGCGUAAAAUGAGCAAGGUCAUCAACAACUUUAACGCGAUUUAUAACCAAAUUUACCUUUCUCCUCCUAGCGGGAGUAACGACGAGGACAUUCUUAACCUUGCUAUCGCCAAGUGGGACUCUCAAAAUCCAACGCCUUUCCCGCACUUCCGAGCAUGGAACGUUGUAAGGAAAGAACAAAAAUGGAAGCCGGUUCCAAAUGAGGUCGCAACGGCCAAACGCACUAAAACUUCCGAGUCCGGAAGUUAUAGUGCGGGAGGCUCCACCGCUCGUUGUCAAAUCGACAUAAACGACGACCCGGAAGAUGACGAGGAUGUGUUGCCCGUCCACGAGUCGGAACGUCCCCCCGGGAGGGACAAAGCAAAAAAAGAAGCGGCCGGAAAGCGAAAAGUGGCCGGCUCGAGUGGAGGUGGCGGCUCUAGUGGAGGUAGGGGCGAGAAGGCAUCGUAA